AUGUCAAAUAUUACUGUUCUUGUCACCGGGGCAUCCGGAUUUAUUGGCUCUCAUUUAGUCGAAUACUUAUUGGAUAAAGGUUAUUAUGUAAUUGCAUUAGACAACUUCUUUAGUGGUGACAUAAAAAAUAUUUCCGUGUACAGAGACAAUCCAAGGUUCGAAAUAAUUAGAUACGAUAUUAUUGACGAUAUUAGACUAGAAGUCGAAGAGAUUUAUCACCUUGCGUGCCCUGCGUCUCCCAUUCAUUAUCAAAGGGACCCAAUCUAUACAUUAAAGACAUGUUUUAUAGGAACAAUGAACAUUUUAGAGAUAGCCAAAAGGACUAACGCAAGAGUUGUAUUUGCAUCUACCUCGGAGGUUUAUGGCGAUCCAUUAAUUCAUCCCCAGAGUGAAUCUUAUUACGGAAACGUGAAUACAAUUGGAACUAGAAGUUGCUAUGAUGAGGGAAAACGAAUUGCCGAAACUCUUUGUAUGGAAUAUUAUAGAAAUAAUGGCGUUGAUGUAAGAAUAGCUCGAAUUUUUAAUACGUACGGUCCUAGAAUGUUAUUCAACGAUGGAAGAGUAGUGUCAAACUUUAUCCUUUCUUCAUUGGUCAAUGGUGAAUUGCCUAUAUAUGGUGAUGGAACGCAAACAAGAAGUUUCUGCUAUAUUUCUGAUAUGGUCGACGCUCUUUACAAACUAAUGAAAAUUGACAGAAAAGAAUUUUUAGAUAAUACCCCGUUUAAUUUAGGAAACCCUAACGAAAUUUCGAUACUGGAACUUGGUGAAAUAGUUAGAAAAAAUGUAAACCCCAAUUUAAAGGUGACGUACAGAAAGUUUCCAGCAGAUGACCCUAAAAAGAGACAACCUGACAUUUCUAGAGCAAUCAAAUUAUUAAAGUGGCAACCGAAGGUUAAUAUUGAGGAGGGAAUCAAGGAAACUAUUAAAGAUUUUAAAACGAGAUUGGAUAACAAUAAAGAGCAAAUUCAAAUUUUUCACCAGAAAGAAGCUAAACCUGUAUUAAAUUAA